AAAUGCUAACAGAUAAAUGAAGAGUCUGAGACCAUAGAACAACGUGUUCUAGCAGCAGCAGGGCCUAUGGAAGCACAAAGAUUUUCCAUGAUAACAAAUACCGAAUUUGACGUCAAUGGAGAAACAAGCACAGAUGAUUCCCCUAGUUUGAUUGUUGGAGAAAAGCGCAAGCGUGAUUCUUUGGAAUUGGAUAGAGAAUCUACAGCUGAAGAAGGGGAAGUAGUUCUUUGGCGUGCCAAUUUUGAGGAAUUUCUGCGUCGUCUUAGGCAUAUGGCUUGCAUUGAGAAUGUGAGAGCAUCCCUGGAUGAUGGAGCUGUAAAAGUCUUAAAAGCAAUGCUGGAUGCAACUAGAGGUUUAGAGAAGAAAGUGAAAACAGAAAAGUCAGUUCCCCUAUCACUGGAUAACAUUUUUGAAGAGGUUAUAAAGAGUGAAGAAGGACGUGUUAUGACCUUAGACGAUGUUAGAGCUUCCCUUGUCCAGUUGGGUUGUCCUGCCUCUGCUAGAGGGAUAGCUGACUCAUAUAGUAUCGAUUUGAAGAAAAUUAUUGAAUCAGCACAGAAUGAUGAGGUAGAAUCAAUUGUGUUGAAAAGAUAUGGAAGGGAUGCUUAUAGAAUUUUCAGAUUACUGUCAAAAAAUGGCCGCCUAGUUGAGACUGAUAAGAUUUCAGAUACCACAUUUGUGGAAAAGAAGGAUGCGCCCAAGAUUCUUUAUAAGAUGUGGAAGGAUGAGUACUUGCAUAUGGAGAAAUUAGUUUUAGCACCAAAUAGAAAUAUAUUGUUGUGGAAAGUAAAUAAGCGCCCUCUGUGGGAACAUGUAUUAGAUGAGAUGUUCCAUGCUGCUUUAAAUUUGAGUCUACGAGCGGCUUACGAAUGGGAUAAGGAAAAAGAGGUUAUAAACCCCCUUGAAGCUAUGACAAAAGAGGAAAGACAAAAACAAAAGAACAUCAGGAUUCUCCUGGAUUCAUCGCUGCUGAAACUUGAUGAUGCUAUCAUGCUUUUCCAUAACUUCUGAAUUUAUUAAGUCUUGCCUAUGACUGACAUAUCUUUAAAUGAAAAUGAGGGAUGCGUUAUGGGUAACACAUAACUUGUUCUCUUAUUUCCUUUACUUGGAUACAAAGCAAGUAUUUAUAGAACUAAUGAAUAAGAAAAUAGAUAACUUUAGAAUCA